GGGACAGUAAUGGGUCAUAGGUAAUAUAUAAAAAGAAAUGAAGGUGAACACUAAAAAAAAAAACCUGUCAGACAGGACUGCGAACAGGAAGAUAACACCUGGUUUAAAACUCCUGCCCAAUCUUGCUCACAGUCAGUUCAGCUCUCCAACACAAAGCAUGGAAAAUGGGGUCAGACAUUAACACUGGGACAAUGCGUGUCCUGGUUACUGGUGGAUCUGGGUUGGUGGGUAAAGCCAUCGAGCAUGUGGUCCUACAGGAGGGUGGGAAACUGGAGGGAGAGGAGUGGAUCUUCCUCUCCUCCAAGGAUGCUGAUCUGCUAGAUGUUGGGCAGACCAGGGCUGUUUUCGAGAAGUAUCGUCCAACUCACGUCAUCCACCUCGCUGCAAAAGUCGGGGGACUAUUUCUCCACAUGAAGGAGAACAUGCACUUUCUGAGGGACAACCUCCGAAUCAACGACAAUGUGCUGCAGACAGCCCAUGAGAUGGGUGUCACCAAGGUCCUGUCUUGCCUGUCCAGCUGUAUGUUCCCUGACAAAACCACGUACCCCAUUGAUGAGACCAUGAUACACAAUGGACAACCACAUGACUCCAACUUUGGAUACUCCUAUGCUAAAAGGAUGAUUGAUAUACAAAACAGAGCAUACUUCCAGCAGUUCGGUCAUCGUUACACAGCAGUCAUUCCAACAAAUGUCUUUGGUCCCUAUGACAACUUCAACAUAGAAAAUGGUCAUGUACUUUCGGCACUGAUGAACAAGACAUACAAGGCCAAGAUGGAAGGAACUCCUGUGACUGUCUGUGGCACUGGAGCUCCGAGAAGACAGUUCAUCUAUUCUCUGGAUUUGGGUCGUCUGAUUGUUUGGGUCCUGAGAGAAUAUGAAGAAAUUGCACCCAUAAUCCUCUCUGUGAAUGAGGAGGAUGAGGUCUCAAUCAAAGAGGCUGUGGAAAUGAUCGCCGAUGCUCUGCACUUCAAAGGCAAAAUACACUUUGACACCACCCUGCCAAAUGGCCAGAUGAAGAAGACAGCCAGCAAUGCCAAGCUAAGACGCUACCUCCCUGACUUCACCUUUACACCUCUUCAAGAAGCUAUAAAGAUAACCUGCGAUUGGUUUGUGGCCAACUACAACACUGCCCGGACAUGAAGUGACCAAACACAGAGCUGAAAAUGAAGACUGUUCCCUGGUUUUGGUGUCAAGGAAGUUGUUAACACUGUUCAACUGGUAUAUUAAUAAACUCUAUUAUAUUGUCUAGUAUCAUAUUUUAUUCUCUGACAGGAAUUUCCCAUUAAUACAGAGCCUGGGAGGUGCCAUGGAUGUGUGUGUUUUCUUUUAAACACGUGCACAAAGACCCUAUGUAUUGAGAAACUUAGAUAUAAAAAUGCAGGCAGACAGGCAAUUUUUGAUAAAGUAUGGGAACCUGUAUUAAAAUACCUGAAGGACUGGAGAGAGGUUAAUGUUACAAUAUGAAU